CCCAUCCUGAUUAUCGUAUUGUGAAGGGCUUUAUCGCACAGCAGGCAGCGUUGCGCCCAACAAGUAGCAGUGAGUGGCCGUGCUGCUGGGACGCUGAAAACAACAACACCACCAACAGAAGAAGAAGGAGGCUCACCACCCGCAGGAGUGAUGGUGCGACAAGACGAGCCCAGCAUGGGUCAGGGUGGGAUGUGUGGGGUCACCAUGCCUGCCACCGAAUCCCUCUCUCCUUUGCCAGAGACAGCUGUUGGAGGUUCAACCAAUGGCAUUGCUGUUGAAAUGCAGGAGUCCUUGUCCUCUCUGAUGGCAGCUGAGGAGACAGUGAGCCAGCAGGAACUUCUCACCAGGUUUCGAACCAUCAUCUGUGAAAACCUGGAAUUAAAAGAGACCGUGGCACAAAAUAAUUUGGCCCUGAGGCAUCAGCUUGGACUUUUUGUGAAGUGGAGACAGCAGAAUGAGCAACUACAUCAGGAGCAGCGUCACCACAUCAGUGAAAUAUCACAGCAAAUGUCCUCCAUCCAGCAAGAAAAUGCUACACUUAGAGCUCAGCUGGCAUGCACAAAGAUGCCUGAGGAAGCACAACCACGUUUUCAAGAGCUGGACAACACCAUAUUGUUACUGAAUAAGAGACUGGAAGUGUCUGAAAGAAACCUGCGGCAAGCCCAGGAGGAUAAGGAGAAGGUGAUGGCUCAGCGCUCAAGACUCGAAGGAGAUAUUACACUUCUCAAAUGUGAUUUGACCACAAGCCGCAGUGAACAGGAGCGAUUACAGUUGGAGAGAUUUGAAUUACUAAGUACAGCCAAUGAGCUGAGGCAACAACUUCGGCAGGUCAGGGAGGGAGCAGCAGCCAUGGCUAGGUCUGCAGAAACCAGCCCUGUUGUGGAGGGCACAGGCCUUCCCACGCCAGCAGAGUUCCAAAAGCUGCGGGAUCAACUGCGUAAAGAACAGGACAUAUCAUCCACUUUACUACAGGAACUGCAUGACACACGUAAUCAGGUUGACGGGCUGGAAAGUGAGGUCCAGCGAGCUAAGGAGGAGGCAAACACCCAGCGAAACCUUUGCCGCAAGUUGCAGUCCCAGGCUGCUGCAGCAGUGGCCUCUGAAACACUGAGCAAGGAACCUAUUGAUGCCAUGGAGAAGAAACGUCUCAAGGAUGAGGCUGCCAUGCUGCGUGAAGAGGUGGACACCUUAGAAGCAGCACUUGAAGGUGAAAGAAAGAAGAAUAGUGAAGAGAGAUCUUCUCUCAUCAGAGCUCAUGCUGAGAUAAACCGUAUGAAGAAGGAAAUACAAGAGCUUAAAGAUCGCUCAGAUAGAGAUACACAAAGUGACCAAUACUAUCAAGUGAAAAUAAAGUCUAUGGCAGAAAAACAUGAUGAAGCUACAGCUAAACUGAUGUCAUAUGAAGAAUUACUUGCUGCCAAGAAUGACGAACUCUCAAAAUUCAAGAAAGAACUGGGUCAAGCCAAAGCAAGUCUAGCAGAACGUACAAGUGAGAGUGAAACUAUUGCCAUCCUCAGAGCUCAGGUUGAGGUGUAUCAAGGUGACUUCCGAGCUGAGAGAGAGGCACGGGAAGCCCUGGCUGCUGACCGAGAAAAGCUUAGGGAGGAUCUGCGGCACCUCCAGACAAGAAACACCCAGCUUGUGGAUGAGCUGGAAACUUACCAACGGAGGAACUUUAAUCAAGGGCGAGGACGAGGAUCAAGAGGUACCUCAGAGGAACGCAUAGAAGUACCAACUGCAGCUGCAGCAACUGCAACACCACUUUCCACUGAAUCACUGUGGGAAAAGCUGUCAAACACCUCAGAUAAAAAGGAAGAAGACAAAAAGGAAGAGGAGCUGGAUGAAAACCUUUUCUACUGUCCCAAGUGCAAUAAGUCCUUCACUCAGUACCAGCCACUGGAGGAGCAUGUGAACCGAUGCCUUGACGAGGACUAGUGAUGUUUGGCAGCAACAUCUACAGACAAAAAAUAGCUCUGCCCCUAGCAGCAGUAGGCUUUCUUCAAGGGGCCUGUGUCAACUUGUAGCAGCGGGCGGAACUUGCAUGCAGGUGCAGGUCUCCAGAGCACCAAGACCACACACUGACCACUCAGUCACUGAUCAAGAUUUAACCCCUAAGAGACAAAAAAAUUUAAAGGGUGACUCCAAGAACUUAAAAAACAGCCAUUUUUCAAGUACAGUCAAAUCUCGAUUUACGAGUGCCUUAGUUUACAAGUGUUUUGAUUUACGAGCAAAACAAUCCAGCAAAAAAUGCCUUAGUUUAUGAGCGGUGACUUGGUAUACGAGCAUCCUGUUUUUUUUUUUUUUUUUUUUUUUUUAACACUACCUCUCAGGAGGGGACACAGGCUAUAUGGAGGCUGUCAUUGUCAAGCGCAUACGUCUCUUUGAGGAGGGACCACAAACCCUUGCCGGGUGACAGCUCAUGAUGGGGAGCAGAGGAUACCGAUAGACCGACUAUCAGCUUAUGUCAGCCUAGCCAACCAAGUGUCUUUCAAAGAGGACUGGCGAGUCUCUUUGUACAAGUCGAAGACGUGAACGUGGGUUUUCUUUGUUCCCUGCAAGACGAGAGUGUUCGAAGCAGAAAACAAUGGGAAUAGUCUCAGUUAUGGCUGCCAUCUUGAUCUAUAACAAAUAAGGAACGCAACAUCCCAUCCUCCAAUACAGAAUGAAUCUAUAUUUCAAGGAACGUGUGGCAACCCUGAAAUUUCUCUGGCAUGCCAUGACUGACAGCCGCUGCCCGCUGCUGGCGAAAGUAAGAGGAAGGGGGAGAGACAUUACGACCCGUAUUUCAGGACAACCCUUGACAAAUAUAAUUUUAUGGACUGGUUUUGUGGUUCACCGAAAAAUGCGCUCUGCACAUUUUUAAAAUACUGAAUUUUAUCUGCUUAAUUAUUCAGACAGCCAAAUAAGGAACAAAUGGCAUUCCAUAUUUUAAGGAGAAGGUGGCAAAUUUGCAACCCUAUGGCAUCAUCUGGCGAUAUAUGGCCUUCUUGAACGCCCCACCCAUUCUGGAGACUGUUUUUCACCUCCCUCCUGUGAUCCACAAGAUCUAUCUUGUCCAUAUGACUGGAUGAACCAACACUAUUUCUCAUUUUGUCACUCAUCAAGGACAACACGUGUUAAUUUAGUCACAGUUACGGGAUCUCCAUUUCAUUAGGAGUAUUUCAGUAGCUACUUAGUGUCAUUGCAUGCGACAGAGUUUCUUAAGACAUCCUUUUUCUCUACAACAUAUUAACAAAUGGCAUCGUUUCACUUUCUUGUUUCUAACGAUGACAAUGUUUUCAUACCGGGAUGUUCUUAUUUAUCCAGCAAUGAUGCUUUAAAAUGUUCUGUGGUGCAGCAGUAACACAACAAUAACCUUGUGAACUCUAUAUCUAUUGCCACUUAGACAUAGGAACCUCAGGAAAUGGUCAUCAGCAUAGGCCUAUGGAGGUGCAGCCAGCAAGAGAGUGGCCAUACCUUGCCCCGCCGCAGCUUGCACAGGACCCACGAUUCUUGCCAAGAAUUGGGGGGAAUUCUUUGAAAUUUAACACACCAGAAUGAGAAACACAAGAAUUUUGCAAGAUUUGGGGUAAUUCUUGCUCGGUCUAGGGCGAUUCUUGACUGCCAGAUGACAGCUCUGGUCUCAGUUCGCGUUGUAAACUUGUAGAAAUAGCAUCCGUGCGGUCGUGUUAUGUUUUCAGCACUACAGUGCGAGUUCUUUGUGUUUUAACAAAGUCCCCCAGAGAGAUGGUUGAAAGAGAUGGUGCUGCAAAGAAGAAAACAGGAAAUGUGGAUAGUAUGCUUGCAAGAGAAACAGGGGUGAGCUUUGGCAUCUUGAAUGCCCUCCUGGAUGUGACUGACUCCCGCUCACCCUCCAUCUUGGACAACUCGUUGGGUUAGCUUCAGGUUGGUGGUCGAAUGUAGUUUCGGUGCCUUGAGAAUAGGGAAACUACAGCUUCUAAACCCCAGGGCGAAGCCUAUCCCUCGAACAUAGCUAGCGGUUGCAGGAGUCUCCGUAACAACCGUAACACAUUGAUUUGUGUUUUAUAUUAUUUAUCAUUGCUAUUUGUUAGAAAAAUUACUUUAAUUCUGUAAAAAAUAGCAAGUAAAAUUAUUUUUAUUUAAAUAUUUUUUUGAGAAAUGGAAUGCAUUAACAGGAUUUACAUUAAUUUCAAUGGGAAAAUUCGUUUUGGUUUAUGAGUGUUUUGGUGUGCAAGCAAUAUUCCGGAAUGAAUUAAACUCGUAAACCGAGGUUUGACUGUACAAUUUUCAUAAAAGCGUAUGUGAUACUUAUAAUAUAACAAAUGUAAGUCAUAAUGCAAAACCUAGUAUCAUUAGAAAUAAACAAAUAAGACCCGUGUGUGCAUAUGAGUUGGCUUAUGUUCAAAUUUCCUUGUAUGCUGAAGCCAUAAAAAGGAAAAACUAAUCACAACUACAGUCGUUCCAGGAGAAUCUGGCGGGCCCCCCGCCCGCCAGGUGGCGGCUGUGGGGUCAGCUAAGCCCCGCAUCUGCCACACACUCUCAAUGCAUCUUGCUUCCUCUCAUAUGUCAGCUAUUUACUACCUUUAAAUGAAUUCAGUCAAAUAACUGGAUAAUCCAAUA